AUGGUUUGUAUUAAUGUGCAAUUUAUGUUAUUGAUAUCAUGUAUUAUGAUAUUAUUUGUAAAUUCAACUCCUACUUCCAUGGGAAAUUCGAAGGAAUAUUGCGGAGAACAAAGUACCGACGGUACCUGUCUAGUGGACAAUGCAUGUGAAGCAUUUUGCCAGAAACAACCAGUAUUAAAUACCGAAAACUUACCAUAUCCAUUCAACAACACGUUACAAUGCAAUUCGAUUAAUACAACUGGUCUUUGUCAUGGUAUUUGUAAAUUUAAAAAAUGUUACUGCUUUCUUACAUCGGAUGAAGUCAAUGCAUUGACUAGUAACAUCGAAGUCGCUGGCAUUCCUCCAACAGCUUCAGUUGUUGCUGCAGGUACAACAGUAAAUGGCAAAGAUGUCAGUGCAAUUACUCUCAUUUGUGGAAAUCCCACAAUGAGCAACUAA